AUGGCGGAUGACCACGAGGAGAGUGCAGUGUUCAAACAGCUUUUCAUCAUGUUGGUUAAAUUUCAAUAUCAAGGUGUGAAGAAAUUUGUAAAACUGAACAGUGAUAGUACGUUCCAAGACUUUCUCACUGAAGUGGAAGAGGACAUCUUCCAUGAAUUGAUUGAAGGCAGUCCACAUUUAUGCCUAACAGUAAGAUGUCUGGAAGAAAAUAUUUCUGCUGGUUUGUGUGAGGAGUUUUCACCCACAAGAUCGUCAACACCCAGCACAUGCACGGAUACUCUUUCACUCUCUUCAACUGACCAUGAAGAGACAGAGAGAGCAGUGCAUAUUCAAGCCACAAUGGCCAGCAACAGUUUUAACAUAGACUCUGAAAAGGCAAAACGGGUAUGUAAGCAUGUUUUCCUUAUGGUUCAUAUCCUGGCAAAUCUUGUAAUAUGUUUUGUCUUUAAGUUUAAUCAGGACUUUGCUCUGCUCUUCAAUGCUGAAACAUCCAACAAGUUUCUUGAACGGUGGGAGACAGCAUUCAAGCAAAAGAUCAUCAAUGAAGCCCAGUCUCUAACUUCAACAGCAGAAAUUCAGUGUCUUCUCAAUGCAGCAUGUGGACAAGGUUCUGAAAAUGAUUUGGACAGUGACAUGUCAUCUGUCCUGUUGCUGUUGCAUCUCCUGCCUCCUGCUCCAGGGAGGAAGAAGACUGUUGACAGACUUGUGCAUUUCCCUAAGAUGUGA